UGCAGAAAGCUAAUCGCCAAAACGGCAGCCGUUGCACUUCAGUGCAUCUGCGUCCAGUAGGUUUCCGCAUGACCAGGUGUAUGGUGCUGAGCACUGUACUACUCAGCCACUGCGCCAAGCCAUAUGGCCACAAAGCAUUACCACGACCGGGUUCGGAGCCCAUCAAACGGACACUACACCGAUUUGGUAUGUGCUAGUUCCAGCGAAGAAGCUCCAUGGAUGCAUGCACCGUGCAGCUGCCUUCUGCAUGCCAAAGGGUCGUACAGUCUUUCUUGGCUCCCCUCCGAUUACAGGGCUGACUCUGUGCACCGAGCUGUACGUGCGUUGCCCAACUACCGAAGCGACACCGCCAAAGGCUUCUGCUUCCGUGCUAGGACGCUUGUAGCGAGCUACUGCACCCGCCGUUGUGGGCUCUCAGUGAAACGGCACUGCCUCCAAGUCCGGCUUGCUGUCGAGUUUGUCAUCACAGUCUGUAAGGGCCAAGCGACGUACGCCAUGCAUGUGACCGGCACCAUGGCUGCGGCGGAGAGUAACCACGCUUACAGCGAUCUCGCCUAGUGCACCGAGGUAAAGCAUUCACCGAAGGUCCUGACGAACGUUGUUUCGGCCGUUCUACGCCUUCGGGACGACAUACUCGGUUGACUUUGGCAAACGUAGACCAGCCGCGGUAAUACCGCCAGCAACAGCCAAGCCUUGA